AUGAGCAGGGCCGCCGCGCACGUUGGAGCCGGCUCGUGGGGGAACCGCACCGCGGCGGACGCGGCCCGGCCGGACCGGAAGCUGAGCGCCCGGGUUCCGGGCUCCCGCGCCUGCGCAGCGCCGCGGCGGCAGAGUGGCUGCGCGCGCGACAGCGACCCCCGGUGGCUAGGGGGUGGCAGGGCAGCCUCGCGGCUCUGCUCCGAGGCUCUGCGUCCGGAGCCCCGAAACCCCGAGCUCGCUCUGCGCUCGGCUCCGUGGAGAAGCCGGCGGCGGGGUUGGAAACGGGGCUGGGGGUGCGGCGGCUCAGGGCCCGCUGGGCCGGGGGCCGCUCUCCCCGACGCAGGGUGGGGUCACCGAGGAGGGUCUAGGCCGCAGGAAGAGGCGACUUGCCCCCACCAAGCCCGCGUGGGCGAGACGCGGUGCCCGGGUGGGCCAGGAGAGCCUCGCGGUGUGGAGGCCGUGAGGGAAGACAUGUGCCCAGUGAGGCUCUCGGCAAGGGCCGCGGCGGCCCGAGCAGUCCGGGGAUCGGGAAAGCUUCCGGGAGAGAUGACUGGCCGCGUCCCUGCCGCCUCCCGAGGAGGUCUGGCCCUGCCGGCCCAGCACAGUUGCCCACGUGGAAGACUCUGGAGCCACGACCAAGCACAGCUAACGGAGAUGUCUCCUCGCUUGGCAGGGACUCGCCCUGGGUACCGUUGUACAGACCUGGGACUUAGGAAUGGAAUAAUAAGAAAUAAAACAAAAUCAUCGACAGAUGGAAUUAGUUCAGAUGAGCUCAUACUGGAGUAGCCACGCUGGUAAUCGGUAGGACUGGUGUCAUCAGAAGAGAAGAGAUACAACAGAGAAGGUCACAAGAUGGAGGAAGACUGGAGCUAUGCCUGCUACAAGACCCAAACCACACGUGGCCGCCAGAAGCCAGGGCAGCCUCAUGUGAUAGAUUGUCUCUAGAGAGUUGAGCAGCAGGGGCACCUGGGAGGCUCAGCUGGUUGAACAUCCGACUCUUUAUUUCACCUGAGGUCAUGAGUUCAAGCCCCGCGUCGGGCUCUGUGCUGAUAGUACAGAGCCUGCUUGGGAUUCUCUCUCUUUCUCUGCCCCACCCCCACUUGUUCACUCAUGCUCUCUCAAAACAAAUAAACAUCAAAAAAAUAGACAGUUGAGAAGGAGCACGGCUUACAGACACCUUGAAUUUAGAC